AUGUCUAUCUUUGACAUCUCCUUUAAAGAUGAGCAUAAACGCCCUCUUCCUAGCCCCCUUCGAGGUGGGCGAAAAACAUGGCAAAUCGAUUUGACCCAGAAAUUUUUGGGUUCUAAUCACAGAACACUAAUUGAAUGGGAGCUACAGUUCCAGUCGUCGGCCAAUAGUGAGGCCAACAACAGCGCCGGUGACCACAAAAAAAGGCAACUGUUGGCCCAGAUAUGGGACUCCGAGCGCCAGAUGUCGGCCGAUAUCAACAGCCGUCAGCGCCAGAAGGAUAGGGAGAGACAGACACUACUCGACAGUAUAUCCCAAUGUAUGGCACGGUUUACGGAAUCGGUUCGGAUUACUAAUAGGUGUGAUAUAUUGUACAGAAGAAGAGGAAGAGCCGAUAUGGCAAUGGAGUCGAAUGUCCCGAAAAUUUGGAAUUCAUUAGAGAGAAAUGUAAUCAAACUGGCACAUCUGGAACUAGCAAUGGAACACUGUAAGUCAAGUAGCAGUAUAGCCAUAGCCUUACACCCAUACCCACUGGAAAUGCCCAAACCAUAUCCACCCAAACCAUAUCCACCCAAACCAUAUAAUCUCAUCAAGAUAAGUUGCAUUAACAGCAUAAGGUAUUUAAAGCCAGAGGUCCGGGAAGUGAUUUUGGAGAGUCCUAACAUUAGAUUUUACGAAAAGCUUAAUCUGUAUUGCGAUUUGACCGAGGACAAACAAGUGAAAUACGCUCAGCUGACCAACGCAAAACUAAAUGAAACAAAACUACUCCGUGAUCGUUUUCUUGGAUACCUAGAAGAGAUGAGUAAACAAACGAAAAUUAACAUGGGCGAAGCAAUAUGUUUAGAUUAA